AUGGGCACCAAAAACAGCUUGAAGGAGGUGCACAGCGCAAGCGGAGUAGGAUACAUAAACAAAUACGAUGUGGAGAAGUAUGGCAAUGUUUCGAACUUGGAAAGAAGCAAAAGAGAGUACCUCCCAAUUAGCAACCCAAACAUGGAGAUUUUUCAUUCGCUGAAUUUUGAAAAUGAUAAUUACAGAGAUCCAGGGGAGGGGGACGUGGUCGGAGGACUCCGCAUGAUGAAGGAGAGGACGGUUUUGUCUCCCGGCGCGGGGACGGACAUUCCUACGGGAGAACCACCCGUUGCGAAUAGCCGCAGUGGCAACCGUGCUGGUAGCCCCGUUGAUGGGCACACUGAUAACUGCGGUGAUGGGCACACUAAUAACUGCGGUGAUGGCCGCACUGAUAACCGCACUGAUGGCCGCCCCGAUAGCCGCAGCGUGGACCCCCCGCACACGGUGGACGCCCUCUUCAGCGCCAACAAAUACAAAGUGAAAAAAAUCAAAGAGACACACAGCAUCAGUGCGGACUACAAACAGAAGAAAAAUUUAACGAGUAUUCUUCCUUUUGAGAAAAUUAUCGAAGAACAAGAAAUUAAGAGUUUAUAUCCACAAAGCAAAGUGCAAGAAUUGUGCAACCAUCAAAAUGUGUAUGAGGAGAAGGGGAGAUACAAUUUGAUGUCGUUGAAUGGGUAUGUUGCUAAGGGUACAAUGAGAAAGGAGCUGAGUGUGUACCAAAAUGACAUAUACGACUAUUUACUGCAUCAGUACGAGCAAAAUUACAGACAUUUUUUUGACAGCAGAUAUACGGAUCAGUCAAUUUUUAAGGGAGAUCCGAAAGAGUUCCUAGCUAGCCAGGCAAACCCAUAUAAGAGCUCAGCUGAUGGCAACGAAGGUAGAGACACCAAUGGGACAUACAUCGCAGGAGGGAUACUCAACACAAAAAAUUAUGAGAACGAUGAUGAUGUGGAUAAUUCGAAAAGGAAAAAUAGAAAUGCCAUUCCGCGUAGCAGCGAAGAGGGUAAUCAUAGCAACCUCGCAGAGGAGGCAAUGUCGGAUAAGCUUAAGGGGACCCAUCUGUAUCGUAAGAACAGCUACAGUCUCGAUGUGAACUCCGCGAACGACGCGAAUGGCACGAACAGCGCGAAGGGUGUGACUCCUCUAAAUGGAAGAGAAGACAACACAUAUCAGACCAGCGUCGAGAUUUCCAACCUGUGUGAUGAGGACGCCAUGGAUUUAUAUAAAAAUAUCGGCGAGGUGUACACUCCGAGGUCGAAGUUGUUUGUGUAUGCUGUGAAGGAUGACUCGGAGGGGGAAAGGCAACCCAUGGAGGGAAGUCCCACAGAUGAAGUUCUUCCCAGACUAGACACCCCUCUCGGCAAUCUGCCCCUCCAAAUAAAUAAAGAAAUGAAGAGAAUCUUCAAACGGAUGAAGCAUAAAAAUACAGUCGUGAUAAGCAACGUGGGCGUGAAGACUGGGUCGACCACCUUCUCCAAUAAUAUCCUGAACAGCGGCCAGGAGCGGGGCUUCUUCGGAGGAUCGGCUGACCAAAGGAACUGCGUCUACGCCCACGUGAUGGCUAGAGAUGACCAAAGCGCACGCGCACAACAACUGCUGGAGGAGCUAAUCGAAGGAGUACAAAACAAAGUGGUACAGAAAAAGGUAAAAUAUUUACUAAAAUUCCUGUCGAAGAAAAGUCUGUUCCAUUUACCUCCCCCGAAAGAAAAACACAAAGAGGAAUACGCAAUACAACUCAGGAAAAUAAAAAAGGAAAUAUUUAUCAACGGAAAAAAUGUAGAAAAUAUGUAUCCCAAUAAUGGAAUAUAUGUGUAUAAAUAUUCAAGCAUGUUAGUCUAUACAAUCAACAGGAGGAUCUUCUACACACCCAAUUAUUUGAAAAAAAAAAUGGAAAGUUAUGAGUGCAAAACGUUGCAUAAAGUCUUGACGGAUAACUUCCUCUUUCAUGUAAGAAGAAAAAUAGAAAAUAAACUCCCCAUGAAACCUAACCUAUUCUUAACCCUAAUCAAUGACAUAAAGGUUGAAUUUCUGUUGAGUUUUGAGACCCUGUGUAUAGGAAAUUCAAAUUUGAAAAGGAAGUAUAAAAAUCAGCUCUGCCAAAAUAUCGAUGUCAUA